GAGCGAGGCAAAUGACGUACUGAACGUUGCAGGAAACAGGAAGCGACUGCAACUACUCAACAACAACAAAGAAACACAAAUUCUUUAACAACAUGGCCGGGAUUAAAGCUUUAGUUGGGUUGUCGUUCAGUGGCGCUAUUGGCCUCACAUUCCUAAUGCUGGCAUGUGGAUUGGAGCAGUUUGGUGUGUACUGGCCUCUGUUUGUCUUGAUAUUUUACGUGGUAUCGCCCAUUCCUCACUUCAUUGCGAAGAGGAUUGGAAAUGACUCGGACGCUGCCAGCAGUGCCUGCCGGGAGCUGGCGUAUUUCUUCACAACCGGAAUUGUGGUCUCCGCCUUCGGGAUGCCAAUCAUUCUCGCUCGGAUCAGUGUGAUCGCGUGGGGAGCGUGUGGACUCGUGCUAGCUGGAAAUGCUGUGAUUUUCCUCACCAUCCUUGGCUUCUUCUUGGUAUUCGGCAGAAGCGAUGACUUCAGCUGGGAACAAUGGUAGCUUUCCACCCAAGUUAACACAUAGGCAUCACAAAUGAAGAUCCAUUGACUGCUGUUUUGGUUGGUUUUGUUUUUGACAAGGAGGAGAAAAUGAUAAUGAAACACUAAAGCCAUUGUCUGCAUUUUUUUUUUUUCACACUGACAUAAAAUAACAGUGAUUUAAAUGUUUGCUAGAUUUCAGAAGAAAAACAAUUACAAAAUUAUUUUACAGUGGGUGUGGUUACGGUAUGUCAACUUCUGUCUCUAACUCAUUUCCCUUUUGAGAAGUCUAGGAAACACAAACUGAAACCCUACCUUUUGAAAUGCCAAAGAUCCACAAAUGUUAAAAUAAAUAGCAGCAGUUUCAUUUUUUUUAUAAAUGGAAAUCUGGAAAUGGAGAAUAACAUUUCCUGCAUCUAUUUUCAAAUUUUUGACUUCUUCCAGUACAUUCCAACCCUGCCCCAUUGUACAGCUGUCCCCCGUGUCCAACACUGAAGGCAAGUAUUCAUCCUAUUGGCAGCUUUGCCAUAGAAGUUGACAAGUGUAGCUAUUGAAGUUCUUCGCUCCCUCGGCUUUGUUUGCUAUACAGAACACUGGCAUGGUCUGAUUUGAAUGAUCUGAUCCUUGAUGAAUAUGAAUGCUGAUACUCUUUAACACCAUUAUAAUCCAGUUCACUGACUCCAACAAGUUCCUUUUUAAAUGAGGUCUUCGAUGGGACAGCUGGACAGAUUAUUAAGAUCCCCCUCUGUGUAGAUCAUUAAAAAAGGCUCCUAAAAUGAGUGUUUCCUAAUGCUUUAAAACGCUUUUCCUAGAAGUGUUAGAAUUUUCAAUCCAAAGCAACUUUAUAGAUAAACUGUUGUGUCCUGGUACCUUUUGCUGUAGAUCACAUGGUCUGAUUGCAGCUAGAUCAUUGGUGUGAAAGUGUACUACAUCUCAUGAAGUGAUUAAUAACCAGGAAGUCACGACAGCUUUUUUACAUUUAUCUAUAUCCUUGUCUUUUAAAUAUUUGUGUAUUCCAAAUUAAAGUAUAAAAUACAAGAAAAGAACCAAAAGUUAUUUAACGGGGCCAGUGAGGUCGUCCAUAACUAUGAAAUACUGAAUAGAAACACUAAAAUAAACUUAAUCAUAAAAUAUGCCCCUGGUCCCCUCACUAAAAAUGACUUUUGCUAAUUGACAUACACAAUGGGAUGUGGCUGUAUUAUGGGAUUAUAUUGAAUCUGAUUGGAUUAGUUAGUCUGGAGUGUUCUAAAUUUCUUUUUUUUUUUUUUUUACAGUGUCAGUACUUAGACACACAUUAUAUACUACAUUUCUUAUGUGAUAACAACUUUGUGUUGGCCAUUUGGCAAGUGCAGCCAGUGUGAUGACGUGGCAAUUAAGUACCUUUUUGUUAAUCAUCCCAAUAUAAUUGCUCCUGUGAAUUGUAUUUGUCAUAUGCAAUUGUGUGUUAUCUUUAAGAACUUCACUUGUCUUUUGUGUGGGGGGUAUUUUUUUACUGUUUCAUUUUCAUAUCAUGUCAAAAUUAAAAAAGGAACUAAAGCACUAUUUUUUUUUUUGUAAUUUGUAUACAAAAUUGUAACACACUUGUUGAUUCUUCAGCUUUGUAUUGUCAAAUGAUAUUAAUGAUAAAACCCUUUUGUAAUGUUAUUUGAACAGUGCCUAUUACCAGAUACAAAUCUGUUUACAUAAAAGUUGUGUAUAGUGCACUGGAGGAAAAAAAUAAAGCUUUUGUUGUCUUGUUUA